AUGCAGUUCACCACCAUCGCCUCUCUCUUCGCCGCCGCUGGCCUUGCCGCUGCUGCUCCUCUCGAGUCUCGCCAGGACACCGCAUCCUGCCCUGUCACCACUGAGGGUGACUACGUCUGGAAGAUCUCCGAAUUCUACGGACGCAAGCCGGAAGGAACCUACUACAACAGCCUCGGCUUCAACAUCAAGGCCACCAACGGAGGAACCCUCGACUUCACCUGCUCUGCUCAGGCCGAUAAGCUUGAGGACCACAAGUGGUACUCCUGUGGCGAGAACAGCUUCAUGGACUUCUCUUUCGACAGCGACCGCAGCGGUCUGCUCCUGAAGCAGAAGGUUAGCGACGACAUCACCUAUGUCGCUACCGCCACUCUUCCCAACUACUGCCGCGCUGGCGGUAACGGCCCUAAGGACUUUGUCUGCCAGGGUGUUGCCGACGCCUACAUCACCCUCGUCACUCUCCCCAAGAGCUCUUAA